AUGAUGGACUCGAAUCUUUUAUUUGAUCAGACGGUCAUAAUCGGGUUCGCGCCGGUGCUAACAUACGCAGCCUGCGAAUGGUUCCUCAUCUUCCUCAUGUUCAUCGAUGCUCUUCUCUCCUACCUCCUCGUCUGGUUCGCUCGCUACUGCAGACUGCAGAUGCCAUGUUUCCUCUGUUCCAAGCUUCUUCAUCCUCUGCACUGGAGAUUCUUGAUCUGCAGAAACCACAGAUCAGAGGUCUCCUCGUUCAUGUCAUGUCAGAACCACGACAACAACCUCGCUGACUGCCGUGGCAUGUGCGAUGACUGUCUCUUGUCCUUCACCAAGAUGACCGGUCCGAAUCCAGACAUGAACAGACUGCUUCUAGGGAAGCUAGGCUACGAUCUUCUCUCUAAAAGCCAUUUCGCUCACCCUAGAUCCUGUUCUUGUUGCAACAAGCCGUGGAGGACAAGGCACCACACACAGAGACUGAUUCGGUUAGGCUCUCGCGGUAAACCAAACAUUCCUGCUCCGAGGAAUCUUUCACGAAGAGGAAGCGCUGGGAGUUUGAAGAAGAUGAGAGAUCAACACCAAAAGGCAACGAGCGGUGCUGAGAAUGUAGACGUUGGAAGCCGCAGCGACGGUAUGGCUCAUGUGGGUUACACGGAGCUGAAGAUCUACUCUGAUACUGAGUCGGAGUUCUUGUUUUCAGACGAUGAAGCUUUUCUUCACAUGACAGCAGACUUCAAUGCUGAGCCGUCUGAGAAACGUGUUCACAAGUCUCGGUCUCGUCGGGGAUCGUUUGAUGGCGGCAAGAAGAAGAUGUCGAUUCAUAAACGGAAUGGUUCGAGAGACAGCCAGAACAAGAACGUUCAUGUGGAAGAUUAUGGAAACUUCGUUGGAUCUUCUUCCAUGUCAGAGCGUAAUCUUGUAGAUGAGAGCAAGAAGAAGAAGAAGAAGCCUGUGAAGGUAGAGGAGCAUGAGGAGGUUCUCUCAGAGCUUAUAACUAUGAGUGAAGCUCGUCCGUUCCCAUAUGGUUUACCUCGAGAGGACGAUGUAGGAGUAGCAGAACAAAAUCAAAAUGAAGUUGAGGUUAGUGGAAACUCAUCUCCUGCUGGCGGAGAGUUCUUGAGCUCUUCUGGAGAAAACGGUUCCUCUCGGGAAAUCUUUCAAGCGAACGAUGAUGAUUCUGCUGAAAACGUCUCUGAUUCAGAUGUGAAGAUAGAGGCAUCUGAGGAGGAAGGUAUGGAGCAAAAAGUGUCUGACGACGUAGAUGGCUUUGGUUCUGUUGCAGAUGGAUCUUCUAGUGAUGAAGAGAAUGAAGUUGAAGGAGACUCCAAGCCUUUGACGCCGAGUAAUAUGUCAGAUUCUCUGGAACAGGAAGAGUCAAGUGAGGAAGAAAGCAAGGUUGUUGAAAACAAUGCUGCAGAAGAAUACUUCAGUAAUGCAGAAGAAGAUGAUCAGGUCAAUGGAAAUUCCAAAAAUGAGCCAGAAGAACAAUCCAGUGAGGAAGAAGAUGGAAGUAAUAGCUAUUCGGUUGCAAAAUCCCAUUCCAGUCAUGAAGAAGAGGAUUUGAAUGAUGGAGACUCUGAACCUUUGACAUCAACCAACGUGGCUAGUUCUGCUACAGAAGAACACUCUGGUAAAGAAGAGCAUGGAGAGAGUGAGCCUCUGACGUCACCAAAAGCCCCCAACGAAGAAGCUUCAUUAGAACACAGUGAUAAAGAUUCCUCAAAGGCAACAGAGAGUCAUAACACUUCAAGAGGAUCACCGGAGCUAAAGCACUCUGCUUCUGUGGAAUCUUUCGUAAGCAUUAGCAGCGACGUGGAAGGUGAAAAUCUUGUUGAUGUGUUGAAGCAACAGCUAGAGCAUGACAGGAAACGCCUAAAAGAUUUGAGUAGAGAGUUAGAGGAAGAAAGAAACGCCUCAACUAUCGCUGCAAAUCAAGCGAUGGCGAUGAUCACGCGGUUGCAGGAGGAGAAAGCGGCUCUCCAUAUGGAAGCUUUGCAGUACCUGAGGAUGAUGGAUGAGCAAGCGGAGCACGACGUUGAUGCACUUGAGAGAGCGAACGAUGUCUUGGCUGAUAGGGAAAAGGAGAUUCAAGAUCUUGAGAUGGAGUUGGAGUAUUAUAGAGUCAAGUAUCCAGAUGAGCCAAGAGAUGAAAUUCUUGCUAGCAUGGGGAUUCUCGGUGAUGUAGAGACGAGCGGCGUCCCAGCAACUGAUGAGACCGGCGAUAAAGCUCCAACAGACACCAAAGUUACUGAUUCUCCAUCGCCGGAAGUUUGA